AUGGUACUGAGGAAACUCAAACAUACACAGGUUCCUGUCUGGGUCAAAUUGCGCCACCUUCCGGUGGAGUUGUGGACGGAGGAGGGACUCAGCAUAGUGGCAAGUGGAGUGGGUAAACCUUUAUACCCGGAUGCGAUCACGAGAGCAUGCACGAGACUGGAUUUCGCUCGUGUAUGCGUUAUGCUGGAUGUGAAUUCGAAAAUGCCAAAGCACAUUAUUAUUAUGACACCUGAUGAGGAAAGAGGAGAAGUACCGUGCAAAGUUGAUGUGGAGUAUGAAUGGCUACCCCCGAGAUGCACCAGCUGUAUGACAUUGGGACACUCAGCCAAGGAGUGCACUGUCAACAAACCCAAAACUACUAAACCACCGGCUAAUGUGUAUGUACCCAAAGUGGGAGCACUGGGAGGCCCAAUGGUGACUAAAAGAAUAAGAGACCACCCAACACCUCACACUGUGGCGAAGCAGACAGAAGACCGUGGUUCCCGUCCAACUGCAGCGGGACCCAAUCGGGAAGAGAGAGGUAAAGAGAUUGUUACGUAUAACUCUUUCGAUGCGCUACAAUUACUUGAUAGUGUAGAAGGUUCAUCAAGGGGUCCUAAGCGAAGCAACCCCGUGGGAAACCAGUUUAUACACUGCCGUGUCACUAUUAGAGCAUUACAAGAGUAUGUUGAUAUUACUAUUGUGUAUGGUGCUACUGAGGUCUCUGAUAGGCGAGAAUUAUGGGCCUCUCUAGAAUCAUUAGCUGCCCAAUGCAUUAAUAUUCCCUGGCUAGUUGGAGGAGACUUCAAUGCAGUCAGGGAUCUCAGUGAGGGUGAGUGGUACACAUGGCAUAAUCGUAGUGCUGGCCCUCGCAACCUAUGGAAGCAACUUGAUCGUAUGCUAACCAAUGAUACAUGGACUUUGCGGUUUCCAUCAGUAUUCUACCAAUGCCUCACUCCACGGACAUCGGAUCACUCGCCGAUGGUGGUUAAUGGGGAUAAUCAGCAGCGAUUUGGAGGUAUGUUCCGGUUUGACAACUUCCUUACUCUAUCACCAGAUUUUAUUCCUAGCGUGCAGAGUAUAUGGCAGCAACAAAUAGUGGGAGUGCCUAUGUUCUCAGUCACCCGCAAACUCAAGACACUCAAAUCUAUUUUUCGAGAACAGAGGAGAAAUAAAGGGGAUCUUUCUCACAAUAUUGAGUUGGCAAGGGGGUUCCUGGAGCAGGCCCAAGUGCUAGUAAGCUCAAACAGACAUGAUGAGCUUAUUCUUCUGUUGGAGCACUGCAGUCGGCUUGUGUAUGCUAAGGCGGCCGAAUUGGAGAGGAUCAUGCUGCAGUAG